GAGGGGGGGGGCGGGCCGGGAGGGGGGAGGAGCGGUGCGCGGUCCCUCCGGAGCUCCAUGUCCACGCCCCGCUGCGGUGGGAACGGCCGCGCGCUCCCCGCAGGUGGUCAUCCGCCGCCUGCCCCCGGGCCUCACCAAGGAGCAGCUGGAGGAGCAGCUGCGCCCGCUGCCAGCGCACGACUACUUCGAGUUCUUCGCCGCCGACCUGAGUCUUUAUCCUCAUCUCUACUCAAGAGCAUACAUUAAUUUUAGGAAUCCUGAUGACAUCCUUCUUUUUAGAGAUCGUUUUGAUGGAUAUAUCUUCCUUGACAGCAAAGGCUGUCUGCUGUUGUGUUCCUGGCUGUCAAGUUUGUGUACCUUUCACAGCAAGUUGUUUUCUGCCCUCCCCUCCCCGGCCACCCUCUUCGCACUCCAAGCGUUUUGACACUGAUGAGUGUUUUCUUUUUCUCCACUGAGGGUAGAAUUUCAGAAUGGCUUCUGGAACAUGUUUCCUGUUAAAAGGCCUAGAAUAUCCUGCAGUGGUAGAGUUUGCUCCGUUCCAGAAGAUAGCCAAAAAGAAGCUGAAAAAAAAAGAUGCCAAGACUGGAAGCAUCGAAGAUGAUCCAGAAUAUAAGAAGUUUUUAGAAACUUACUGUGUGGAGGAAGAGAAGACCAGCGCCAACCCUGAGACUCUGCUGGGGGAGAUGGAGGCGAAGACAAGAGAGCUCAUUGCUAGAAGAACAACACCUCUUUUGGAAUAUAUUAAAAAUAGAAAAUUAGAAAAGCAGAGAAUUCGAGAAGAGAAGCGAGAAGAACGGAGGAGGAGAGAGUUAGAAAAGAAACGUUUGCGGGAAGAGGAAAAAAGAAGAAGAAGAGAAGAAGAAAGAUGCAAAAAAAAAGAGACAGAUAAACAGAAGAAAAUUGCAGAGAAAGAAGUAAGGAUUAAGCUUCUUAAGAAACCAGAAAAGGGAGAGGAACCAACCACAGAGAAACCAAAAGAAAGAGGAGAGGAGAUUGAUACUGGAGGUGGCAGGCCCGUGGAAGGCUCGCUGGAGGAGUCCCAGGAGACGUCACGCAGCGGCAGUGAUAAAGAGUACAGGGAUGUGGAGAGAUCUCAAGAAAAAGAAUGUGAAGCACAAAGACACCAUGUGGAUGACGGCAGGAGGCACAGAGCUCACCACGAGCCUGACUGGCUUUCCAGAAGGAGUGAAGAUGAGCAGAGAUGGGGGAAAGGACCUGGCCAAGACAGAGGGAAGAAGGGGAGCCAGGACAGCGGGGCUCCGGGGGAGGCCAUGGAGAGACUGGGAAGAGCACAGAGGUGUGACGACGGUCCAGCACCCAGAAAGGAGCGACUGGCAAACAAGGACCGGCCGGCCUUGCAGCUGUAUGAUCCAGGAGCUCGCUUCCGAGCACGAGAGCGUGGCGGAGGUGGGAGGAUCUGCAAGGCAGAAGGUUCGGGGACUGGUCCCGAGAAGAGGGAAGAGGCAGAGUGAGUCACUGGGUGCACCUGGCCUCCAUGGACAAGCGAAGGAAUCUCAGAAACGUGUAAAGGACCCCGAGUGUGACUGGAAAGGAGAACUUACUCCUUACCAGGAAACUGGAAGCUAAAAAUACAGAGGGUGACACAGAAACACGCAGACACCAUUCUAAAGAAAGUAAUGAUCUUGUAUUAAAUUGAGCAGAAUUCUCACGGAUUUUACCAUUCCUGUUAUAAACUAAUAUUUGUUUUUCAGCCAAAACAGAAAAUGAUUUUCACUGGACAGUAGAAAAAUAUGUGUAAAAUAGGGAAGAAAGUUAGUAUUGGAUCAGUGUGAGUCCUGAAGCACUUUCAGUGCUGUGAGAACGACAUCCAGUGUGGGUUUCAUUCAUUUAUAGGCAGAGGAGCUGUCAGUCUCUCGUGCCUCUCGGUGGCCUCUGAGCUGUGCUGUCGAGUAAAGAGUAGUUCUUGUUUGUUACAGCCUCCGUGAGUCAGCCAUGCCUGCAGAGUGUGCUGUGUUUUAGUCCUGGUAGGAAUAUAUACCAGAGUUCCCAGUAUUUAAAACCCAACAGCUUCAACUAUUGCCCUUUCAACAGUUUUGCCACUGACCGGAUGAAAAUGGUUUCACAGUCUUUGGAUGGAUGCAUUUGUGGUUUGUAACCAUUACAGUUUAAACCAUGGUUUAAGAAUUUGCCCAAAUAACAGAAAUUUUAUUUGGGAAGGGAUAAACUAGGUAUAGCAUAUAGAGCCUGUCUUUGAGUUUUAGAUACUUUAUUUGUAAAUAACUUAAAAUAGCUUUCUGAAACCGUGCAUUCUACAGUUUCUUCCUUUCAGUGAAAUUGUUAAAUGUUAAUGUCUUUUUGGCACUGCGAUUUUAACCAUUUAUUAAAUACAAAUUUUGUUAAAGAA